ACUCACUCAACCUUUCAUCUUUCUUAUUACCUAAUAUAUCAGAUCCAUAAAACAAGUUGAUCCCUUAACCUUCUUCACCAACAUCUCUUACUCUCUCUCUCUAUCUCUCUACACUCAACAAGAUCAUAUCAUGUCUUCUCCAAGAGAAAGAGGAAAGAGCUUGAUGGAAUCAUCAGGAUCAGAGCCACCGGUGACACCAAGCCGUUACGAGUCGCAGAAGAGACGCGACUGGAACACUUUCGGACAGUACUUGAAGAAUCAGAGACCGCCCGUGCCGAUGUCUCACUGCAGCUGCAACCACGUGCUUGAUUUCCUCAGGUACUUAGACCAGUUCGGUAAGACAAAGGUGCACGUACCUGGCUGUAUGUUCUACGGCCAGCCUGAGCCACCAGCUCCUUGCACGUGCCCUCUCAGACAAGCUUGGGGAAGUCUAGACGCUUUGAUCGGACGGCUGAGAGCAGCUUAUGAGGAGAACGGUGGAUCUCCGGAGACGAACCCUUUCGCUAGUGGAGCGAUAAGGGUUUAUCUGAGGGAGGUUAGGGAGUGUCAGGCUAAGGCUAGAGGGAUUCCUUACAAGAAGAAGAAGAAGAAGAAGCCAACGUCGGAGAUGGGUGGUGGAAGAGACGACUCUUCUUCUUCCUCAUCCUCUUCCUUCAGCUUCUCUUAAGAGAUUCUCCAUCUUCGUGAAAGACUUUUGUGAAAUUGGCAGGAUCAGUAAGUCUCAAAGAGGUAUCAAACGUAAAAGAGACCUCAAAUCUAUCUACUGCUGAUCAAGAAGUCAAAGUGAAAUGGUAUCAUCAACAUAUCUUUCGGCCCAUUUUAGCCGCUCCUCUCGUCCCCUCCACUAUAUCCGUAGCUCUCGGUCAUAUAUAUCUUCAUCCUUAUUCUCUUAUUAAGCUCUAUUUAUCUUUAUUCACUUAUUAAGUUCUUUUUGAAUAAGUAAGUGUAUAGAGUUUAUUAUAUAUUGAAGUCAGGUUUGUUUUGUACUUCUAUGUCUUCUCAUGUCAGCGUACUUCUAUGUCUUAUAUAAGCCCAACAUGUUGGAUUUAAAAUGAAAACAAUGGUCUAUGGUGGAAUAGUAGAGUCUGAUGACCACCGAAUUUGUUUUUGGCA